CCGAGUCCCCCCACCCUCGGUCCAGCCUUGGCUUCCAGGCGGCCCCAGCGCGGUCACAGGCCACCCCCUGGGGUGCCCGGGGAGAUGUUUCAAGCCUUCCCCGGAGACUACGACUCCGCCUCCCGGUGUAGUUCGUCGCCGUCGGCCGAAUCCCAGUACCUGUCAUCAGUGGACUCCUUUGGCAGCCCCACGACUGCCGCUGCCUCCCAGCAGGAGUGUGCUGGCCUUGGUGACAUGCCUGGCUCCUUCGUGCCCACGGUCACUGCCAUCACCACAAGCCAAGACCUCCAGUGGCUGGUCCAGCCCACCCUCAUCUCUUCCAUGGCUCAGUCCCAGGGCCAGCAGCCACCUCUGGGCCCCCAGCUGCCCACUGUCGACCCCUACGACCUGCCUGGUACCAGCUAUUCUUCCCCUGGGAUCAGCGGCUAUGCCAGCGGUGCUGGACCCUCGGGGGCAACUUCAGCUGGUCCUCCACCCUCACGUCCUGCACGGGCCAGGCCUCGACGGCCCAGGGAAGAAACGCUCACCCCUGAAGAAGAGGAGAAGAGGAGGGUCCGGCGAGAACGGAACAAACUGGCUGCGGCCAAAUGUCGGAACCGAAGGCGGGAGCUGACAGACCGUCUACAGGCGGAGACGGACCAGCUGGAAGAGGAGAAGGCAGAGUUGGAGUCAGAAAUCGCCGAACUCCAGAAGGAGAAGGAGCGUCUGCAGUUUGUGCUGGCAGCCCAUAAGCCAGGCUGCAAGAUCCCUUUUGAUGAGGGGCCCGGGCCAGGGGGCCCCCUGGCCGAGGUGAGAGCUUUGCCUGGGCCCACGCCCACUAAGGACGAUGCGUUCGGGUGGUUCCUGCCGCCGCCGCCCCUGCCCUUCCAGACCAGCCAGGAGCCCGGCCAGGAGGGGCCCCCAGACCUGACGGCUUCUCUCUUUACACACAGUGAGGUCCCAGCCUUCGGCGACCCCUACCCUGUUAACCCUUCGUAUACCACCUCGUUUGUACUCACGUGCCCGGACGUCUCCGUAUGCGGCGGUGCUCAGCGCAACGGCAGCGACCAGUCCUCUGACUCCCUGAACUCGCCCUCCCUCCUUGCUCUGUGAAUUCUUUUAGAGGGAGGGGGCGCUUCUCUCUGGAGACAAAAAACUGGGGGGAGGUUGCUACACCCCCCUCCACUCUCUUGGCCUGCACCUACCUGAGGAUUCCUUUCAUCCUCGAGGGGUCAUUGACCUGAGUCAGCCUCUCUUCAUCCUUGGCCAUCAACCGCCGGAUUCCUCUCGACCUGAGGCCUCCUUCCUUCUCGGCCACCGACUGGUUUCAUCGUGACUCGAGGCUUCCUUCCUUCAUCCCUCCUCAGCUGGGAUUCCACUCACCCUUGGUCUGACGCCCGGCCCUUCCUUGAGCCCUGACCCUUCGACCCUCGGAGCUUGCCCUACCAUGCCUAUUUGACCCUCCACUCUGACUGUCGCCAGUGAGAAAGGCGGAGACUUUGUGGGGGAUGCACCUGAGGGCUUUGCUCCUGGGGGAGGAGGGGAGGGAAAAGGUAUGGAGAGAAAUUGUUGGUUGCCAUGGCCUGCGAGCCAUGUGGGGAUGGGGGCUUCAGUGGGUUGCAAGGGGGAGGGUCUGGGGGAUGGGUUCGAAGUCUUACUUCUGAUGGAAUCUCAGGCCCUUCCCCAAGCGACCCCCUGGUCAUUGUUUCCCCAUCUGCUUUCCCUAGAAGAGUAUUAACUUAUUUAGCCACUUUCCGAAGUCAAAAGUGAAAGGCUCAAACCCCUUCUUUCGCUUCUCCGUGGUUGAGAGAUGAGGAGCCUCCCUUCCCCUUUGUAAGCAGUAUUAUUAUUCCUAUCCCCUUCUUUCCAGUAAAUCCCCUUCACCUGUUUCCUCUUCUCUCACCCACACCUCUCAAGCCCUUCAUGGUUUUCUCUGGGCUUUCCUUAUGUGAGGCUGGUAGAGAAGGGUGACUCACCUUUCACCCUUGCCCCUAGCUGAGGUAUUUAUACUGUGAAAUGAGGUCUUGGGGAAGGGUAGGGACCAGGGAAGUACAGUGCAGUCCCCAAUCUCCCUUGGUGGGGAGGAGAAAUGAAGGGAAAGUUUCCCUAUACCCCGGACUGGGUCUCCCACCACUUCAAAGCUCAUAUACUAUUCCUCUAUAUCAUCCAACAAGUGAGACAGGGUCCUCUUAAUGGCACCAUGGGGCCCCCUGCUUUAAUGUCCUUCUCUAUUGGGUUUCUUUUU